AGCCUGCGCCGAGGAGGUUUCCGCAACAUCCCACCUCCUCCCUCCCAGGUCCCACUCUCAGCCCUUUUACCCCCGACCCCGACUCCGGUCUCUCCUCCCCGGUGGUCCCAAGAACGGAACGGGAUCGCGAGAGUAAUUUAAAUAAAAGGCGUGGACUCUGACUCUAUUUGCAUAGGGGCGGGGCCUCGGGCGCCGGGACCGCCAACCGGCUGGGAGCGGCCCAGGGGCGGAGAUCCACCCAGAGACCUAAUUUGCAUGGGGCGGGGCCUGACUCUUCAAGUGGAGCCUGGCGCCACUUCCCCCGUCAGUGGGCUUCCUGCAGCUUCCUUCCGCCUUCCGCCCAGUUCCCCGCUGCCUUCGCGGGCCGCCGCCGGGAUGCUACCGAAACGGCGGCGGGCGAGGGUCGGGUCCCCUGACGCCGCCCCCUCAGAAAGAAUGGCAGCCCUGGGAAAGGGCCCUGGACCUCACUCCUUCCUCUUCCCUCUGCCUAGCCCUGAGGUGACACACGUGGUGAUGGAGGGGACCUCAGCAGAGGAGGCCACCUGCUGGCAGGAGCACAAGACAGCAUCUCUUCCCCCAGGUGGCAGCCACCCAGCACUGUUAGACAUAAGCUGGUUCACAGAGAGCAUGGAAGCUGGGCAGCCUGUCCCUGUGGAGGGCAGACACCGCCUGGAGGUGGCUGUGCCCAUGAAGGUGCUGCCAAGCCCAGCAUGGAUACCGCCCUAUGCCUGCCAGCGCCCCACUCCCCUCGCACACCACAACACCAGCCUCUCGGUGAGCCCUCCCUGGGCACAGUCUUCCAUUUCCAAGUCCCCCAGGAUCCUGGUACCCCUAAGCCCGCCUGCUGGCUGUUGGGGGCUCUGCGUGGUCCUUGGGCAGAGGGAGUUGCUUUGUCUCCUCCCACAGGAGCUGCUGGAGCACGGAGUGUGUGAGGAGGUGGAGAGGGUCCGGCUGUCAGAGAGGUACCAGACCAUGAAGCUCUUCACCCAGAUCUUUGGGGUCGGGGUAAAGACGGCUGACCGCUGGUACCGGGAAGGGCUGCGGACCCUGGACGACCUCCAAGAGCAGCCCCAGAGACUGACCCAGCAGCAGAAAGCAGGCCUGCAGCACCACCAGGACCUAAGCGCCCUGAUCCAGCGGUCGGACGCCGAGGCCCUGCAUCAGGUGGUGGAGGCAGCCGUGGGGCAGGCCCUUCCUGGGGCCACCGUCACGCUGGCCGGCGGCUUCCGGAGGGGGAAGUUGCAGGGCCACGACGUGGACUUCCUCAUCACCCACCCCCAGGAGGGCCGGGAGGCAGGGCUGCUGCCCAGAGUGAUGUGCUGCCUGAAGAAACAGGGCCUUGUCCUCUACCACCAGCAUCAGCACAGCCAACAGCGAGACCCCGCCCACCCGACCCGGCAGAACCACACCAUGGACGCCUUUGAGAGGAGUUUCUGCAUUUUCCGCCUGCCGCGACCCCCGGGGGCUGAUGUCGAGGGAUGCCAGGAGCCCUGCCCCACCUGGAAGGCGGUGCGCGUGGACCUGGUGGUCGCCCCCAGCAGCCAGUUCCCCUUUGCCCUACUCGGCUGGACCGGCUCCAAGCAUUUUGAGCGGGAGCUGCGCCGCUUCAGCAGGAAGGAGAGGGGACUCUGGCUGAACAACCACGGUCUGUUUGAUACGGAGCAGAAGACGAUUUUCCACGUGACUUCAGAGGAAGACAUCUUCAGAUACCUGGCCCUUGAGUACCUUCCCCCAGAGCAGAGGAAUGCCUGACCCUGUCAGUCGGCCCCUACUUCCACUCCUUGGAGAUGGGGGUGCUGUUCAAGCCAUACCCUAUGGAUGUCCUUGGUCCCUGGACGUUUUCAGGUGGAAGCUGCCCUCCUGCCCCCAGUCCCCACUCCAAGUGGGAGCCCUGUCUGUGCGGACCAGCACUCCCCCACCCACACCUGGUUCAAGAUGUAAUGAAAUGAGCACAUGGGACAAA